UGUCCGCCGAUUCGAUGACGAGUUGUCACUCACUGCAGGUUGCUGUUUCAUUUCGUCCGUCGUGAUUGCGCGAUCGCUGAAGGAAUUUUUUUCUGGUCGCUGCUCAGUCAGCGUUAUUUUGUCAGGACGAAAGAAUUCGCAAUAAAUCUUAAUCUAUAUUUUAGUGUCAAUUAAAGUGUGGAGCAUCGCAAGUGAUAAACGGGGCUGAAUCAAAUAGAAAUUCGUCGCGGAACGCGGAAGAAUUUUUCAAAACGCGUGUGACUUGUGUUGGAGCUGGUGGUGCUUGGAGGAAGGAAAUCUUUUCCGUCUUGAUUCAAUGAAUCAGAAGUGAAAAUUCUUGCCAUCGUACGAGGAAGUUUUGAGUAGUGCAAAAAGUGGGAAAUAUAUCGCGGGAAGAAGAAUUCAAAUUAAGUGGUAUGAAAACGACUUUGCCUGAGAGCUGAAAGGCAUAAUAGUCGUAAAAAGAAGUGCGUUCAGCCGAUUGUGCAAGGGCGCGGAAGUAGGAAGCAGUGCGAUAAAAAGAUUGCGUGAUAGCGCAGGAAGUGGAAAACGGUGGUGGCGAUGCAUUUCUACAAACAAAAAUUGCUGCAGCCGGCGCAGCUGAAGAAGCUCGGCGAACACAAGUACUCCUGCACCAACGUCAGUCUGCUGGAUCCGAUUUUGCAGCCCUGGUGGUGCUGGCUGGUCGGAAAGGUUCCCCUCUGGCUGGCACCGAAUCUGAUCACCAUCGUAGGGUUGAUUAUCAACAUUGUGACAACGCUUAUUCUUAUCUACUUCAGUCCAAACGGUCGCGAGGAACCACCCCGAUGGGCCAGCGCGCUCUGUGCCCUCGGUCUGUUCAUAUACCAAAGCCUGGAUGCCAUCGAUGGUAAACAGGCGCGCCGCACCAACUCGUCGACCCCGCUGGGCGAGCUGUUCGACCACGGGUGCGACUCGAUAUCGACCGUGUUUGUGGCCCUGUCGGCGUGCAUAUCGGUCCAGCUCGGGUUCUACCCGCGGUGGAUGUUCUUCCAGUGUUUCUGCGCGAUGACACUGUUCUACUGUGCCCACUGGCAAACGUACGUGUCCGGUACGUUGCGGUUCGGCAAGAUCGACGUCACCGAAGCCCAGUGCACCAUCAUCGGGAUUCACCUGAUAUCGGCCAUCUUUGGGCCAUCGAUUUGGAUGACGAAAAUCCCGGUAAUUGGAGGCACGUGGAACGUGUACGCGGUCUGUGCGUUCUUCUCGCUCGGCUAUCUGCAGGUGUUCAUCACCUUCUGUAGAACCUUCCACGAGGGUGGCGUCGGUAAAAAUGGCUCAACGGUUGCUCUUCCGAUGCUGGGUGGCAUCGACAUUAAGAUAGUACCACUUUACUUUGCCGUGUUUGUGUUUGGGCUGUUAGCGUAUGAGAACGCGUCCGUGAUCUUCACGGGGGGCGUCGGCAAGAAUGGAUCAACCGUUGCCGGAACCAGCGUCCUGUCGCCCAUCAUUCCGUUCCUGUUCGUCGUGGUGCCGGCGUUCGUCAUCUCGCAAAAGUCCCCCGACCACAUCUAUGAAAACUACCCCGCGCUGUACAUCAUGGCCUUCGGGAUGAUUACCGCCAAGGUGACCAACCGGUUAGUGGUUGCCCAUAUGACUAAGAGUGAAAUGGAAUAUUUGGAUUGGGGCCUGAUAGGACCCCUGUGCCUGUUCUUGAAUCAAUACUUCAACAGUUUUCUUCCAGAGUACUACGUGCUCUGGUUUGCGAUGCUGUGGUGCUCUGUGGAUCUGGUCCGGUACUGUGGUCAGGUGUGCCUGGAGAUCUGUGCCUACCUGCGGAUCGAGCUGUUCCGCAUCCCGUACCCGCCGAAGCCCCUCAUGACGUCACAAGGUACGAAUCCUCCGCACCUUCAUCACCAUCACGAAGGUAGAAACGUAUCAUCAUCUUCGGAAACGGAGGAACACUCUGUGAACAACAACACCAGCAGUAGCAACAGCAGUAGUCGAGCCAGCAAAUCGCCCCAGGCCAGCCCGCUGCGAAACCUAGCGGUUCCGCCAAUGUUCCAACGGACCGCAUCGUCCGAGGAUGGCGGUACACCCCGGGUUACACCUCAGGCAUCGCCGAGGAGGCCACACCAACACUAGGUAACGGUGCUAUGACAUCUAAUUAAGAACAAAAAC